CUAAAAGUGACGUCAAACUCCCUUCACUGCAGUUUCCGUCAGAUAGCUGACUGAACGGGAGCAGGAUUUCAGGCUUGAGUGUGACAUACCACAUUUACUUGCUGUCUUCGAAGAUAAUAUGUUAGCUUGACAUGUGUUUCCUUCACAUGUACCUGGUGGCCGCCGCUGUGUGUUUUAUUGGAUCAGUUCACUCGUCUCUGACCAAGUUCCAGUGCUCUGAUUCAAGAUGUUUUAGCAGCACUUAUCUAUGCGACGGGAUUCCUGACUGUGAUGACCAGGGUGAUGAGAAGAACUGUGCUGGAUGUGACACGAACAUGUUCAAAUGUCAGAACUCAAACUGUAUUCGAGCGAUGUUCGCGUGCAAUGGAAAAGAUGACUGUGGUGAUGGGAGUGAUGAGCUUAUCUGUGGCACGUGUAUGUUUGGGUGCCAGAAUUCGCGUCUUGUUCCUGCCGAUGAGGUGUGCGAUGGUUUUGAUGACUGCGGGGACGGGAGUGAUGAGUUGAACUGCGACGUUGCAAGUACUGCAAAAGAAGCACCUCCCUCUACAUCUACAGCAACUGCGACUCCGUCAACUGCUUCUAGUUCAGUGGACCAACUCUCUGUUUCAGGUGACUGGUUGGUUGAUCAGGGGUCGGGCAACGUCGACAUAGAUUCAUCCAAGUCACCGAACCUGAUCACCGGAUCCGAUUCAAGUACAGAAACUCCAACUGCAUCUAGUACAUCUACAGCAACUGCGACUCCAUCAACUGCAUCUAGUACAUCUACAGCAACUGCGACUCCAUCAACUGCAUCUAGUACAGUGGACCAACCCUCUGUGAUUGUAGAGGGACAGUGUAAUCAGACGGAUGGGACAUAUAUCCAUGCCAAAACAACGGUAGCAGUCCAUUGUGAUUUCAGAAGUAACACUUUUGCAAACCUCUCUGUCUCUUGCUCGAGAAAAGGAACUGAGAUGUCUAAGUCUGACCGAAUUUCCUAUGAAACUGGACGUCAGCGCAGGAACCCUGCAUUGUUCUCUGUCAAGUUCCAAUUUACUCCUGUCUUGCGCCGUGAUAGAGGCAAUUACUCCUGCAAGGCAACGACAGGGCAGUCUUCAAAGGCCAUAUCUGUAUCUCUCCUGGUGUAUAAAGUCCCGGCUGUGACGCUGUCACCGUCUACUUUGUCCCUGCAGGAAGGUGAUCAGAGGAACUUUACCUGCCAGGUUAACAACGCACCUGCUGUGAAGACGGUCCCGGGGAGUCUGGUCUGGUGCCAGGCAGAUGUAGUCAUCACAGACCAAUCGAAGAUCGUGAGAGUGAGGGAUGGGAUGGAGAUUCUGAUGAUGAACUCGUCCGACAGAGCUGGAGUCUACAAGUGUGGUGUCACCAACUGUACAAAAACAGCAAAGCUUGUUAUCACCAAACCUGAAGUGAUUGUAGAGGGACAGUGUAAUCAGACGGAUGGGACGUAUCUCCAUGGCAAAACAACGGUAGCAGUCCAUUGUGAUUUCAGAAGUAACACUUUUGCAAACCUAUCUGUCUCUUGCUUGAGAAAAGGAACUGAGAUGUCAAAGUCUAACCGAAUUUCCUAUGAAACUGGACGUCAGCGCAGGAACCCUGGAUUGUUCUAUGCCCAGUUCCAAUUUACUCCCGUCUUGCGCCGUGAUAGAGGCAAUUACUCCUGCAAGGCAACGACAGGGCAGUCUUCAAAGGCCAUAUCUGUAUCUCUCCUGGUGUAUAAAGUCCCGGCUGUGACGCUGUCACCGUCUACUUUGUCCCUGCAGGAAGGUGAUCAGAGGAACUUUACCUGCCAGGUUAACAACGCACCUGCUGUGAAGACGGUCCCGGGGAGUCUGGUCUGGUGCCAGGCAGAUGUAGUCAUCACAGACCAAUCGAAGAUCGUGAGAGUGAGGGAUGGGAUGGAGAUUCUGAUGAUGAACUCGUCCGACAGAGCUGGAGUCUACAAGUGUGGUGUCAUCAACUGUACAAAAACAGCAAAGCUUGUUAUCACCAAACCUGAAGUGAUUGUAGAGGGACAGUGUAAUCAGACGGAUGGGACGUAUAUCCAUGGCAAAACAACGGUAGCAGUCCAUUGUGAUUUCAGAAGUAACACUUUUGCAAACCUAUCUGUCUCUUGCUUGAGAAAAGGAACUGAGAUGUCAAAGUCUGACCGAAUUUCCUAUGAAACUGGACGUCAGCGCAGGAACCCUGGAUUGUUCUAUGCCCAGUUCCAAUUUACUCCUGUCUUGCGCCGUGAUAGAGGCAAUUACUCCUGCAAGGCAACGGCAGGGCAGUCUUCUAAGGCCAUAGCUGUAUCUCUCCUGGUGUAUGAAGUCCCGACUGUGACGCUGUCACCGUCUACUUUGUCCCUACAGGAAGGUGAUCAGGGGAACUUUACCUGCCAGGUUAACAACGCACCUGCUGUGAAGACGGUCCCGGGGAGUCUGGUCUGGUGCCAGGCAGAUCAAGUUGUCACAGACCAAUCGAAGAUCGUGAGAGUGAGGGAUGGGAUGGACAUUCAGAUGAUGAACUCGUUCGACAGAGCUGGAGUCUACAUGUGUGGUGUCAUCAACUGUACAGAAACAGCAACGCUUGUUAUCACCAAACCUGAAGACAAAGCUUGUACAGAAACCACCGACACCAGAGGAACAGUGUGGCCCCAGACUGUCAGUAAUACGACGAUGGUGCUGCCGUGUCCUGGGGGAUUUCUAGGUAAAGUUCAACGUGUCUGUGACGUCACUGGUGAGUGGGGAGAACCAAACUACAUAAACUGCGUGAGAGAAGAAAUAGCGCAGAUAGAGGAAGAGGUGGCUGCAAUCACUGAGGGAACUGUGUCCAGUGAGGCUGUCAAGAAUGUGCUUGAGAACCUACAGAAGGCCACCGAGAACAACGACUCUUCCGCAGGAGAUCUGGACAAAUCAAUUGACAUCGUUGACAACAUCGUUGCCGCAGUGAGCGGGUCUGCUUCCUCUGUUGCGGUAGACACAGCGUCAGUUAAGUCCUUUGUCAAUGUAAUCGACAACAUUUUAUCUGUCGACACAAGUAAACAGGAUUGGCAACAGGUUCAGAAGAAGAAUUCAACAAAAGCGGCUUCAUUGGCCAGAUCGGUAACCGCCUUCGGUUUAGCUGCUGCUGAAUCACAGACAGAAAACGAACCUUUAAAGCUCAAUAGUUCAACAAUGGUGAUGGAAAUUGCAAAGGUUACAGGACGUGACAUUGCCUUUCCCUCUCAGGGCAUGGAGGAAGUGAAGAGCUCUUUAAGGCUUUCAAAGGAAAACUUCAAUAACACGGCAAAAAUAACGUAUGUUGCUGCGUCCUACAAAACUAUGGCUGAAUUCCUUUUGACUAAUACAUCCGGAGAAGAAACAAGCACUAAAGAAGUCAAUUCUCAGAUCCUUUCACUUGCUGUGAACAUUGGAGGAAAGAAACUUUCAAACCUGAAGAUGAAAAUAUACCUUGACUUUCAUCAUUUAAAGGGAAACUAUUCAGAGUCAGAAUGUGGGUACUGGGAUUUCGAUAAAAGUCGAUGGCUGACAGACGGCUGCACGGGCAAAGACGUGAACAGUUCCUACACAAGCUGUGAAUGCAACCAUCUUACCAACUUCGCUAUUCUUAUGAGCCCAGGACGCCACGUGUCUGCAAAACACUUACAUCACCUGAAAAUCAUCUCCAUAGUGGGCUGUUCCCUGUCUAUCCUGGGCUGUGUGGUGACAAUGCUGACACAUGCGUUGUUGUGGAGCCAUGUCCGUUCUUCCAAGACCAUCAUCCUGAUGAACCUUUGCGUGGCGUUGACCUGCGCCUACAGCGUCUUCCUGGCUGGCGUGGAGCGGACGGAGAACAAGGCCGUGUGUACAGCCGUGGCGGCCAUGUUGCACUACUUCUUCCUGGCAGUCUUCUCCCUCAUGCUCGCCCAGGGGAUCGACAUCGCCGUUCAGGUUGCCGUGGUUUUCAGGAAGAGUUCAAGGUUGGGGCUCGUGCUCCCUCUAGCCUGGGGUGUGCCAGCAGUUAUAGUGGGUAUUACCCUGGGGAUCACCAAGCUGGAGGGAUACGGAAAUGACCAGUUCUGCUGGUUGACUGUAACGGAUGGCAUCCUGUUUGCUUUUGUUGGACCAGCUCUCUUCGUCGUUCUUGCCAAUGCCGUGAUCAUCGCGAUCAUCUUUCGUGUGCUGUGUUCAACAAGGAUGAUGGUCAAUAAAAGAAAUAAGGAAAAAAUAGUGACUACGGUUCGGAGCCUGUGUGUUCUGAUGCCAGUUCUUGGAGUUACGUGGGUGUUUGGUGUUCUUGCUAUCAACGAGGAAACCGUCGUCUUUCAGUAUCUCUUUGCUGUCUUCAAUUCGUUGCAGGGUUUCCUGAUUUUCAUAAUGCAUUGUGGCCUUAACAGAGCGAUUAUCGAGGGAAUAAGGGAGACCAUUGCCCGAUAUGAAUCCCAGAUAACCAUGUCCAAAUCGCUGCCCUAUUCAAGAAAUACAGACCAAUCCGAAGAAAGGAGAGCAGGGAAGGAACAGACUUGCACAGAUAUUCCAACUGGCUGCAACAGUGACGACUUGGUAUCGCCGACCAUGGUGGAUGGGUCGACGUUGCGCAAUGUUGAAGCUUCACAGAAAUCUGUUUCCAAGGACGACGCAAAUCCCAGUAGUUUGAUUAAAGAAGGUUAAUUCACAGCAUUCUGGUGCCAUGGCAUCUCGGCACAGGGCCAAAGUAUCAACAUCGGGUGUACAGGACGUCUGAUGAAGAAUUUAGAAUUUAUUUUCGGAACUUUACUUAUAAUGCAUAAAUAGUUAACGAACAUAUGUAGUUUCAAUGUCACAUCUCUUUGGGUUUUGCACAUUUUGGUUUUGUCGCUCGUAACAAAUCAUACUGAAGCAAGAUUGUUUCCCAAUUUAUGUCAGAAUGUAUGUGUGCAUGGUUGUGUAUACAAUUGACACAUUCUUUUCUUAUAUUUAUUACUUUGAAAGAGAAUUAAUACAUUUUAAACUUUCUCUUUACCAAAUGACUGCUACUUCCACGUAAUAAAUCAAGUGUGUUUUAUCAGAAAAUAAUCGUGAAAUUGACCAGCUAUCCGUUUAUAUGAAAUCUUGUUUUAUAAGAGAGUCUGUCCGAUUAUUUAAUGGUAAAUCUGUCUGUUCCUACCAUAGAUUGCCUCUAGAUCUUAAAGGGAAAACGUGGUUCAUGCCUUAUAGUAAAGCGUUAUUAACCCAAGGCAUAAAAUUAUUUAUAUCUCACCAAAAGAAUUGAUGAAAUUUUAUUUCAGAGCAGGUUAGGACUAACGUUAGCCUGAAUUAGUAUAAGCGUUAGAGAUGGGGGAUAUCCAUUCAUAAUUAUGUUUAAGGCUUGAAGUCAUUCGCCUUAUUUAAAUUUGUUUUGUAUCAUUUCGUUUUUAAUUUUCUGAUUUUUUCUGAUAUUGGUCAAUAUUUUAAAUUGUGUCCUUUCUACUUUUUUGUGAAAAAGAGAUAUAAUUAUGAUUUAGCUUCAUUACUUUCAGCCUCUUUUCAGUAUUUUGGUCGGUUUUUUUCGUCUUAUAGUUAGCUGUUCUCUGAUUUAGAAAGAUUUUAGUUCCAGCGAUACUAUUUGGUUAGCUUUCGCCCCUUAUUAUUAUAAUCCGAUUUGAUUUGAGUGAGUGAGUGAGUGAGUUUAAAUUUCACAUCGCAUCGGCGAUAUUGCAGCCAUAUUGCGAUGAAGUCAUGUAUCACAGCUAAGGUAUAAAACAAACCAGGAUUUGAUUUGAAUAGCAUUCCUUAUUUUUUAUGCGUUAGUCGUUUUGCUUCAUUUAUAGUUUGUAGAGUAUUAUUUUUGUAACCAAUAUUGUGAGUUGUAUAUGAAUCAGCUGAUUCUUCCACAUUUUGAUAAAUCAUCCUCGUUUUUUCUUCUAUUUUUUUCCACUAUAAGUAUGUGAAUAUAAUAUUGUUAUGAUAGGGUGGUCAGGUAGUGGUUAGAACUUACACCUGUCACAAAGAACUGGGUUCUCCUAAAAUUAGUAAUGGCUGUUAUGAAUAUUGUUUGAAAUUGGUCGUAAACUGUCAAUCACCCCUGCAUAAUAUGUUUUACCAAUUCUACUUAUCGUGUAAAAGAGAAUAAAUAAAUGUUAAUAUUUCUUAUUUUUAUUGGAUGACAAACUAAAUUCUAAUAUUAUGUAUUUGGACUAGUUUAUGCAAAUGAUUAUAUUUUUGUGGAAGGAUUCUUCAAUGUGUUCCAAAAUUGUGUCACCGUUUUUGUCGUUUGAAACCUUCUUUAAUGUCAAUGAUGCAAGUGUAAGCCACAAAAACAUAACACGUUUAUAUUUGAUAAUCAAUCUAAAAACAUAUGAGUGUUCACAUUACAUCGCAAAAUAAAAGGCAAUAUGUCUCGUGCAACAAACGUCAUGCGCCACAGAGAGUAGUGUUUGCACGAAACGCAUGCAUGGGGUUGGAUUCACUUCCUUGAAUGAUACACGGCCUCAGUCCAUUACUAAAGAUUGACACCACAACACCGCGUAUGCAUUCAGUGCAUCCCGUAAGGUAUCCAAACCUGUUCCCAGGAGCUGAAUACUUUUUUAUCAAAUUCAAUCUUUAUUGUAUAAUUUUAUAUUUUUGUAUUCUUCAUACGUCAAGAUUCAGCUUGGGGUCCAUCCUGUUGAGAAAUGAUCCUUUUCAAAGCUGACCAAUCAGUCAAUGACAACAUAACUUGUUUCUAGAGAGGUAUCUAAACAGAUAAAAAUAUGACAUGAAAUGAACUACCAGUUAUUAGGCACAACUGAUUUAUGCACAUUAUUAUAUUUGCUGCUAAAGCGUGCUCUUCCUUCAUUAGUUAUCACUUUUGACGUUCCUCGCCUUGUGCACUGGGCCAGUUAAUAACAUCAAUGCAAAUAAACACUGUGAUGUAACACAA